GCUCUGCCCACUGCCCAGCAAAUUACUUUGGGUUCCAGUUUGAUAAGAAAAGACUUCCUGAAGUAGAAACUGAAGGGAAGAGGAAGGACCUGGCCCAUUCUUGCUGAGGAGGUUGUGGAAGAAGAAGAUGGCCAGAGCUUUGUGUCUACCACAUGCCCUCUGGCUUCUGGAGUGGGUGCUGCUGCUCAUGGGACCUGGUGCUUCCCCUCCUGCUCAGGCAUUGAACCUGGACCCAGUGCAGCUCACCUUCUAUACAGGCCCCAAUGCCAGCCACUUUGGGUUUUCAUUGGAUUUCUACAAGGACAGCCAAGGCAGUACGGCUAUCGUGGUGGGCGCACCGCGGACCCUGGGCCCCAGCCAGGAGGAAACCGGUGGAGUGUUCCUGUGCCCCUGGAGGGCGGAGGGCGGCCAGUGCACCUCACUGCACUUCAACCUCAAUGAUGAGACCCGAAAAGUAGGCUCCCAAAUUUUCCAAACUUUCAAGGCCGGGCAAGGACUGGGGGCAUCGGUUGUCAGCUGGAACGACAUCAUUGUGGCCUGUGCCCCCUGGCAGCACUGGAACGUCCUAGAAGAGGCCGACGAGGCUGAGAAGACGCCUGUAGGUGGCUGCUUCUUAGCUCGGCUCCAAAGCGGCGGCCGCGCAGAGUACUCACCCUGCCGAGCGAAUACCAUGACCAGCGUUUACCCGAAAAAUAGAUAUAGGGUAGAUAGGCGCUACUGCGAAGCUGGCUUCAGCUCAGCGGUCACUCAGGCUGGGGAACUGGUACUUGGGGCUCCUGGUGGCUAUUUUUUCUUAGGUCUCCUGGCCUGGGCUCCAAUUGCUGAUAUCAUCUCGAAUUACCGUCCGGGUACCCUUUUGUGGCACGUGCCCACCCAGCGAUUCAGUUUUGACUCCAGCAAAAUAGAGGACUUGGACAGCUACCGGGGGUACUCAGUGGCGGUGGGUGAAUUCGACGGGGAUCUCGGCACUACAGAAUAUGUCUUCGGUGCCCCUACUUGGAGCUGGACCCUGGGAGCGGUGGAAAUUUUGGACUUGCACUUCCGCAGGCUGCACCGGCUGCAGGGAGAGCAGAUGGCUUCAUAUUUCGGACACUCAGUAGCUGUCACUGAUGUCAACGGGGAUGGGAAGCAUGAUCUGCUAGUGGGUGCUCCACUGUACAUGGAGAGUCGGGCAGACCGCAAGCUGGCCGAGGUGGGGCGCGUGUAUUUAUUUCUGCAGCCCAGAGGCCCUCACACACUGGGCACCCUCAGCCUCCUGCUGACCGGCACACAGCUGUAUGGGCGAUUUGGCUCUGCUAUCGCGCCUCUGGGUGACCUCAACAGGGAUGGCUACAAUGAUGUUGCAGUGGCUGCCCCCUAUGGGGGCCCCAGUGGUCGGGGCCAGGUGCUGGUGUUCCUGGGUCAGAGUGAGGGGCUGAGUUCACGGCCCUCUCAAGUCCUGGACAGUCCCUUCCCCAAAGGCUCUGGCUUUGGGUUCUCCCUUCGAGGUGCUAUAGACAUCGAUGACAACGGAUACCCAGACCUGCUAGUGGGAGCUUACGGGGCCAACAAGGUGACUGUAUACAGAGCUCAGCCGGUAGUGUUGGCCACUGUCCAGUUGCUGGUGCAAGACUCACUGAAUCCUACUGUGAAAAAUUGUGUCCUGCCCCAGACUAAGACAUCAGUGAGCUGCUUUGAUAUCCUGAUGUGUGUGGGAGCCACUGGGCACAACAUUCCUCAGAAGCUGUACCUAAAUGCCGAGCUGCAGCUUGAUAAGCAGAAGCCCCGCCAGGGCCGGCGGGUGCUCUUGCUGGACUCUCAACAGGCAAGCACCACGUUGAAUCUGUACCUGGGAGAAAGGCACAGACCCAUCUGUCACACCACUAAGGCCUUUCUUCGAGAUGAGGCAGACUUCCGGGACAAGCUAAGUCCCAUCGUGCUCAGUCUCAACGUGUCCCUGUCCCCCAAGGAGGAGGCUGGAGCAGCCCCUGCUGUCGUGCUGCAUGGAGACACCCAUGUCCAGGAGCAGACCCGCAUCAUCCUGGACUGUGGGGAAGACGAUGUGUGUGUGCCCCAGCUCCAGCUCACUGCCAACGUGACGAGCUCCCCACUCCUAGUUGGGGCAGAUAAUGUGCUGGAGCUGCAGAUGGACGCAGCCAACAAGGGUGAGGGGGCGUAUGAGGCAGAGCUGGCCGUGCACCUGCCCUCAGGGGCCUACUACAUGCAUGCCCUCAGCAAUGUGGAGGGGUUUGAGAGGCUCACCUGUAACCAGAAGAAGGAAAAUGAGACCAAGGUGGUGCUGUGUGAGCUAGGCAACCCCAUGAAGAAGAACGCCCAGAUAGGAAUCACAAUGUUGGUGAGUGUGGGAAACCUGGAAGAAGCUGGAGAGCAUGUGUCCUUCCAGCUGCAGAUCAGGAGCAAAAACAGCCAGAAUCCGAAUAGUGAGCCUGUGCUGCUGGAUGUGCCAGUCUGGGCAGAGGCACAAGUGGAGCUGCAUGGGAACUCCUUUCCAGCCUCCCUGGUGGUGGCAGCAGAAGAAGGUGACAGGGAGCAGAACAGCAUGGACAGCUGGGGCCCCAAAGUGGAACACACCUAUGAGCUGCACAAUGAUGGCCCUGGGACUGUGAGUGGCCUCCGCCUCAGCAUCCACCUCCCCAGCCAGUCUCAGUCCUCUGACCUGCUCUACAUCCUGGAUGUACAGCCCCACGGGGGUCUUCAAUGUUCCCCACAGCCGUCCCCUAACCCUCUCAAGCUGGCCUGGAAGCUGCCUACCCCCAGCCCUUCCCCCAUCCACUCAGAGGAUCACAGGCGGGAGCGCAGGCAUGCCUUCCCAGGCCCCAAGCAGCUCUCGAGGCUUCAGGAUCCAGUUCUGGUGAGCUGCGACUCUUCGCCCUGUACGGUGGUGCAGUGUGAGCUGCAGGAGAUGGCACGCGGGCAGAGGGCCAUGGUCACCGUGCUGGCUUUUCUGUGGCUGCCCAGCCUCCGCCAGAGACCCCUGGAUCAGUUUGUCCUACAGUCGCACGCUUGGUUCAACGUCUCCUCCCUUCCCUACACCGUGCCCGCCCUCAGCUUGCCCAGUGGGGAGGCUCUGGUGCAGACAAAGUUGCUUCGGGUCUUUGAGGAAAAGGCUGUUCCAAUCUGGUGGGUGCUGGUGGGUGCACUGGGUGGCCUGCUCCUGCUCACCCUCCUUGUCCUGGCCAUGUGGAAGGUUGGCUUCUUCAAGCGGAAUCAGCCGCCCCUGGAAGAAGAUGAAGAGGAGGAAUGAUAACACAGCCCUCCCCCCACCGCUGUUCUAGCUGGGGAGGCUGGGUGGUGCCUGCUGCACCCCUUCCUCUCUGAGUUGCCUCUGAGCUCUCACACCUAUGAGUUAGAGCUGUUCCAAGGGGGCCUACUGGCAUUCUUACCCUCCCAACAUAGCUGGGCCAUUCCCUUUCCUGCUGCCCAAUAAAGAGGCUGAUCCUCAA